AUGGCACACUCCGACUUACAGCCACUCUUGAAUACCUCAUGGACGCUGCACCGUCUUUCUCCCCUGCACCAUGGCAAAGAGUUCCAGUCCCUUCUUGGCAAUCAGGCCGCCCUGAGAACUUAUGCUGGCAGGUUGAGGGUUCACCUUGCAGGGGAUCUAUUGACUAGUGCUCAGACCCCAUUAAGUGGAGCUGGCGCUAUCGACGAUGAUGUUCUCUCCAGAACCGGACCUCUCAGAGACUGCGUCUGGGAAACGUUAUCGGCGCCCUCGACACAAGCUACCUCGGAGAAUCUUUCUGGGAUACUGGUUAUUCUAGAGUACGAGAAUAUCACCUAUAAAGCUGCUCUCCUCGCAGUAUCGGAUGGCCGUCGCGCCUCGGCGAGGCGGAAACAGUCCACUCAGCUCCCGCUGCUACUGACACGGUUCCCAAAUCCCCUGCGGCAGACAUUCAUCUCUUUCCUGUCUACUAAUUUUGACACGUACUGCUCUGUUCUUCGCUUACCCUCAACUUUCAUGUGUACGGCCCUAGAGAUGUACACCGGUAUCCUGAUGUCGGGAGAUCACGACGGGCCUUCCAACUCUCAUCGCACGUUCGAAGAUACCAUCAAGGAGACGCAGCUUACGUUGUCCUUUUCGCCGCCCGUUGCGCCAGCUCUAAGAUCUCUGAAUGUUAAUCUUCCGCGUGGCUCCUUCACGGAGUUUGUGCGCGGAAUCAAUUCCAACAGCGAGUCCACUCCCCAGAAGAGUUCCGUCUUAUCAGGCCUAUCCACCUACCUAGAGAAGCACUUGGCGAUCAAACUGAAUCUUGGAGAUCUGACGAGCGGCCAUUAUCCGGUCAAUCAGCCCGUGCGCCUGACUAAAAUUGCAUGCGGCAGCUUCGUCCUCGGCGGUGAAGGCAAAUUGAAGCUGGUCGCGCCGUCGGGACGAGCUAGUUCUGAAGAUGGUGCUGUUGCUGCUCGUGAGAGCAGAGACCGGCUGCUAUUGCGCGCGAACGAGGCAUUGCUUCAAGCUGUUAUACGUCGAGCUGCUAGGAGCGACGAUGAGCAGACAUGA